GUUAACUUGAAAGCAAACCUUUCAGCCUUGCACGAACUUCUCUCGCUGCAAUGGAGGCCAAGUUUUUCCGGUUUCUGAAGGUUGUCGGAUCCGGCUAUAAAGCGAGAACAGAGCGCGAAGGCCGUGAGUUGUUUCUGAAGAUAGGCUUCAGCCAUGAGGUGCACUUCACUGCCCCACCCGCCGUCCGCGUCUUCUGCUUCAGUCCCAACCUAAUAUGCUGCGCUGGUAUCGACAAGCACCGAGUACACCAUUUCGCCGGAGCUAUUCGAACCAUCAAGCCUCCGGAUAUAUACAAGGGGAAGGGCGUAUUGUACAUCAACGAGGUUACAAAGAAGCAGUGGCGUCACCGGCGCUAGGGGGACCAGCAGGGGACUGGCCUCCCCUAUGAAACGUUGCAUUAAGCUAAUGCUUUAGAUGACAUUAGAUGCUCUAAUAAUUGGAGAUUAGCCUGUUUGCCCCCCCUUACGUGAAGAUUUUCUUGAUGGGCUCCCCUUGUUUUUAUUUCCUGCCUCCGCCGCUGUAAAGAAGCAACAUGCGAUUAAAGCUGGAG